AUGUCGACCGACUCCCUGAGCUCCGCCGUGCGCUCCCUCAGGCUCCCUCGCUCACUCACCCAGCAUGACCGCCUCCCACUCGUCCUCACCACUGCCGCUGCAUUACUAGGCACCAGCGUCGUUGUCCCUGCCGCCUACCGCGACUACCGCACCUUCCGCUCCUACGGCGGCGGCGGCGUGCCAGACAAUCUCCUGGGAUGGCUCUACGUGCGUUUGGUCAUGCAGCCGCUGGGCCGCGAGAUGCUCAGCACAGACGUGUAUGACCGACGCGUGGCAGCGGCCGAGGGUCACGGGAAGGGCGACGAGGGUUUUCUCACGGAGGAGCAGCUCAGCGCCGUGCCACGGACCGAUUCACGGCCUGUUGUUGGACCGCAUGUUUCGCCGCAGCGCCAGUUGACGCAGAUCCCCGUGGAGCGCGUGCAGGAAAAAUUCCGCGCAAGCUUCAGCUCCUUUGCAAACCGCAACUACCACCUCGUCAAGACAAACGCAUCCCUCCUCGAGGGCAACGCCGAUGCCCUCUUCCUCGCCGCUAACCUCCCCGCCUCGGCUAUUGCAACACGCAUGCGCCGCGAGAUUGCCAAUCUGCACGAUCUGUCCGAUCACUCCGUGCAUGUUGUGUUGUCGCCCGCGGACUGUACGUACUCCCCUUCUCGUGUGAUGUAUCAACCUAACCAAUCUUGUAUAGGCAAACGAGUCAUCGAAGCGGGAUGGGGCCAGCGCCACGCGCUCUCCGGUCUCUCCAAGUCGACGUUCUUAUCCGUAUUCGCAACCUCCGGGUGUGUACCGAAUCUACCGCCGGAGUAUCUGCUCAUCUAUGCGCCACGCAACGAGGCGGAGAUCGAGGUCGUCAUGCAGAUUAUUGCUGCGGGUGUCAAGUUCAUGGCGGGGAGGGAGGACGUGCGGUAA